UCGGUUCGAUCGAGUAAACGUUUUAAUUUAUCUUGCGACGUCAGAAUUCAGACGUUGAAGCAAAGAAAUCGUUCAAAGUUCGAUUAGUUAGGAAUUUUAACUGUUCGAUAUUUAGUCGAGACUAUUCGCUGAAUCGAAACUCUUUCUUAUCGUUCCUCCUCGUGUCGCGCGUUUAAACGUAUUUCGAUUUCUUAGAAAGCGCGUUUGAUUUUUAUCACAAUGUAAAACGCGUUAUAUGAAUCAUCAUUAUCCCACUAGAUAGCAGAAAUAUUUCCGAUCGGACUGUUUUAGCGGGGUUUUACAAAACGAAGAUAUUAACGAAAGAAGGAAAGAAAAGAAAAAAAGAAACAAAAAGAUAAAAAAAGGAAAGAAAAGAAAAGGAAAUACGCGAUUUAAGGUAUUUUUGAAAAUAUUCGAACAUAUAGAAAGUUUGUAAGAUAUAGGAGAGCAGCAGUGGCGGCGCGAUUCCAGUGGAUAUAUGCGCUCGUGUUUCUCAGUGAAAUCGGCGUAGAAGGAAAGAGAAAGACAGAGCGAUACAGAUAGAUAGAGAGAGAGAAAGAGAGAGAGAUAGAUAGAAAAAGAGUGCACGCGCGCUUGUGAGAAAGAGAUAAAGAGACCGCGCGCGCGAGAGAGAGAGAGAGGGAGAGAGCGAGCGAGUGAGUGAGUGAGUGAGGGAUCCCCUUCCACGACAACGAGAGACGCGUCUCUACGAGUACGGCCCUAUCCCCACCGUUUAUACGCCGAGGUUGCCACCGCUAUUCUUCGCGGGGCCAUGAUUGCGCGAGUGUGCGUGCGUCUGUUGAACUACGCGCGACCAGCCCAGUGCUGCUAGUAAAUGUAAGCCUUCCGUUCCCGUAUACGUGUCGAAAGAAAGAAAGAAAUAGAGAGAGAGAGAGAAAGAGAGAGAAAGAGAGAGAGAGAGAGAGAGAAAGAGGUGAGAAAGAGAGAGAGAGAGAGAGAGAGAGAGCGCGCUAGAGUUUCAGUCAGCGCGAGAAAAUAUUCUCUCGUUAAUUUGGCUAACCAUCAUGCCGUUAAGUAUCGGGGUUAAUUUAAGAGUGACCGGCCACUGUAAUCAAGGCGGUCGUAAGUACAUGGAGGACAUGUUCAGCGUGGCCUAUCAACAGACACCGGACGACAAGGAUUUGGAAUACGCCUUCUUUGGUAUUUUCGACGGCCAUGGGGGCGGCGAGGCUGCGGCAUUUGCAAAGGAACAUCUCAUGGAUAUUAUCGUCAAGCAAAAAAAUUUUUGGAGUGAACGUGACGAGGAUGUACUACGGGCCAUCAGGGACGGAUAUGUGAAUACGCAUUAUGCGAUGUGGCGGGAGCUUGACAAAUGGCCAAGAACUGCAUCUGGAUUACCAUCUACUGCUGGCACUACAGCAAGCAUAGCUUUUAUAAGAAAAGGAAAAAUUUAUAUCGGUCACGUAGGCGAUUCCGGAAUAAUAUUGGGACAUCAACCUGAUGGAGAUCCACAAUGGCGUGCAAAAGCGUUGACGAAAGAUCAUAAACCCGAAAGUGGUCCAGAAAUGAUACGCAUACAGGAGUCUGGUGGAAAAGUUGUUAGUAAAUCAGGCGUUCCAAGAGUCGUUUGGAAUAGGCCAAGAAUAGGACAUAAAGGUCCUGUUAGAAGAUCGACUCAUAUAGAUGAAAUUCCUUUUCUAGCCGUUGCUAGAUCCUUAGGUGAUCUUUGGAGUUACAAUUCAGAACUAGAUACAUUUAUAGUGUCUCCAGAACCAGAUGUUAAGGUAGUUGCGGUCGAUGUCAAAUCAUAUCGAUGUCUUAUUUUUGGAACAGAUGGUUUAUGGAAUAUGUUGACUCCCCAAGCGGCUGUAGCUAUUGUUCAGGCCGCAGAAAUGCACAAUGAGAAACACAUUAUAGCUUCUCAACAAACUGGCAAUGGGCAGGCUGAUGUGCAAAUGUGGAUAAAUCCUUCUAAAAGUUUAGUAGAUAGAGCAUUAGAAAGAUGGUCGUCUACUAGAUUACGGGCUGAUAAUACAAGCGUUGUCACUGUUAUGUUAGAUCCUCCAGGACCUUCUCGUAGCGAGGUAUUACUGAAUCAAAAGAAAGAACGCGUGCUCUCACCAAAAAGUAUAGUACAUCAUGGAGUCCAACCUCUUGACCCAACUAUUUUUAAUGAAAAUAUUGAAAAACCAAUGCCAAAUGUUGCUAAUUCGUCGGUUUUAAGACACGUAACAUCUACUGAUUCGAAUAUAAUGGAUCCAAAGCAACCAGAUUCCUCUGACGAAGUUAGAGAACAUUUAGAUACCUCUAUACAAAUGGAGAAUAAUUCAUACGUUGAAAAAUUAAUUUUAAACGUAGAUACCUGUGAUGUAGAUAAGAUUUUAUCGAAGAAAGAAACUGAGGAUAAUAUAUCUAACGUAGAAGGUAUUCAAGUAGCAGAAAUCUCAUCUAGCGAUAUAUCGGAGGAAAUAGAAUAUUUGGAAUCUAAGGAAUCAAAAAUUUUUAAUAAGACUGAAAAUUUGAACAAAUUUGAUAAUGAAAAAAUAAAAACAGAAAAGAUUAACGAGGAAGUAGCUGAGAGUAUUAGUUUAAAUGUUGUCGAGGACCAGACGAAUUUUCAAUCGAGUCAGAUUGAAAUGAAGAACGAAGAAAAAGUUCCUGAUACGAUUCGACAGAAUGCACUUAACGAGGCGUACGAAGUGACACCGUUCGUUAGUAAAUUCGGACGUCCUACCGCUAUAAUAUCUAGAAAAAGUACAUUGAAGGAUGUUGAAUUGAUAAAUGUUUUGAAUGGUCCACGACACAAACAACACUCAUUGAUAACAUCUAAUUCAAGGGAAGAUAUUAGACCAACAAAAAGGAGACACAGUUUGAGUUUACAAUCACAAAAUAGUUUCUCUGAUGGACUUCCAUUAGAAUCUAAAUCAUAUAUGACAGUGAAUUCGAGAUUUAAGUCUAAAAGUACAAGGACAUUAGAAAAUGGAGAUGAUACGGGAAAGAGUUCUCUGUGUGGUAGAACAAAUAGUAGCGGUGGAAUUAAUACAAAACGUAGGCAUAGUACGAUAUCGUCGCAGUCGGUAACAACGGCGAUAGGAUUGGAAGAAGCAUGUACGACGACACAAGAACCAUGUUUGAAAAGAAGAACACGUUCGGAGGAUCGUCCAAGUCCUCCUAUCGAUGAAAACAAUCCAGCUAAUCAAACGAUAGAGGAUCCAAAUAGUCGUUUGAGUUGGCCUAAUAACGAUUCUUCCAUAAAUCCUAGAUCAACAGGGGGGGGUUCUAGUACUGUUUCGGUACAGGAAAGACUUUCUUCGCCAAAUACUUUCCAAAGAAGAAGCUUGGGGAAAAAAGCAACGCCAACAAAAAGUAUUAGACGAUCGUCUAUCAAUGGUCCUGCUCGUUUACAACAAUUAAGAGGUAUAUUUGGAUUAAGAGAUUGGGAUCAGGGAAGGAAUAAUCGAUCGAACGGUUGUAACGAUCGAAGGUUAAAUCGUACUGCAGGUAUUAUCGGACCACUGGAUUCUGGAAUGCCACAACGUUGGCUCAGAUCCGACACGAUGGCCGCAACUCCAGUGAAAACAUUGCGUUCGCGUAACGUCGAUAUUACUGGUCAUACUAUUUCGGCACAAUUAGUUCAUCAUUAUGGAGUAGUAAAACAGAAUCGAUUAUCUUUACCUGCUAAAUUAAAGCAAUCCAAUAACAAUGGAGUAUUACAAUCUAAGAGGGUGAGGUCUUCCUCUAUGUCAUCUAAUAAAUUUAAACAAACAGGUACUAGUGGUACAAAUGUAGGGGCAUGUUCUACAAUGAACAGUACAAGUACAGGAUCGAAUAAUGGUUCUGGUAUAGCUAAAUGGGUUAAAUCUCUAUGUAAUCCUAGUGCCAGAUCAUUGAGUACACGAUCUCGCAUUAAGCGCCUUGGAAAAUGAAAUUGCAUAAUGCAUAUCCUUGCUUUUCUUCACUUACUCGAUUAUUUUUCUUUUCUCUCUCUUUGUUUUUCCUUUUUUUCUUCUUUUUUUGAGUUUUCUUUUUCCAGGAUUUUUUUUUUCUUUUCCUUUUAUAUACAUCUAUAUAAUUUCUUUUUCUGUUUCUUUAUUAUCACAAUACAAACGAGUACCAAUUCUUGUAUAGCAUUUUAUUUAAAUAAUACAUCGUCAUAUGAUAUGGAUUAUAAAUAUACCAAGGACUUCAUUCGUAUGCUCUCUUUUAAUUGUUUUCUUAUUACAAAAUUUGAAUUCUAUAUUACUAUAUAGAAUAUAUUAAUGGUUAUAAAAAUGUGGUCAUACUUGAGUUAAACGAACAAAAAGGAACUAAUAAAGCGUAAUAACGUGUCGUAACAAAUUGCUGGAACAACUAUCGAUUAUUUUCAAUAUUUUUCAAUUAUUAUAAAACAUUUUUUUUCUUUUUUCUCACAAUUCAUAUAUUUUAAAUUAUUUUAUAUAUUUUUAUAAUAACGAAUAAGAAGAAAGCGCAUGGUGAUUUGUAUACUCGCAAUUACAUUCCGUGCAAACUAGAGUACAUAAUUAUAAGUAGAAAAUCAUAAUUUAUCUUACGUUUUAACAAGAAGCAAAAACAAAAAAGAAAAAUAGAUUAUAUUCCAAUUAUCCUGUUUUCAAAUUGAAAUUCAUCCUUUUUUUCAUUCAUAACUUUCCUCAAUAACGAUUAGUUUUUCCAGCAAUAUGAAUAUAUCACAAUGCUAAUUAAAAAGUCCUCUACUUUUUAAUCAAUUUGUAUUUUUCAAUUUGCAUAAAAUUAAUCUAAUGAUAAAAUUGAAUCGGCGAAAAACAUGAAAUUAUUAUAUAAAUCAUAAAGAUAGUAUACAAUGUACUUGUGUAACUUUUGAGAGAUAUUUGUUCUUUAAAAAAAAAAAAAAAAAAAAAAAAAAAAAAAAAGAAAAAAUAAAUAAAAAAUAAAAAAAAAGAAAAACAAUGAAUUGAUACGAAUGCAAAUUUUAAUGAUUAAAUUUUGAAUAUUUAAUACUUGAUUAUUACUUUAUUCGAAGGAAUAAAGAAAAAUUCUUAGAAAUAUUUGCGGAAGAAUCAAAUUUUAAAACAAAGAGCGCGUGAAGAAAAGUUUAAUAGAAGCGUUUUAAGAGAAGUGAACAAAAUCUAGAGCAAAGAUAAUUUGUUAAUUGACAUGUGCCUAUAACAGUUACCAUUUUAACAUACAUGUACAGUACAUUCACAUACCAUACACUCAUUAAGAAAAGAAAAGAAAAAAAAAUAAAUAAAAAAAAAAAAAAAUAAAUAAAAUAAAAUAAAAAAA